UGAAUGUAUUCUGUUUGUUCCUGACCUGCCGACCUAAACCUUGAAAACCUUGAAAACCUUGAAAACCUUGAAAACCUUGAAAACCUUGAAAACCUUGAAAACCUUGAAAACCUUGAAAACCUUGAAAACCUUGAAAACCUUGUUUCCUGAAAUAUUACAGAUUUAAAUGGGCCUUUCUUACCGUCUUGGAUGUCUGCUGUUCUUGAGUGUGCACGUGAAGUGGAUUUCAGCACAGAUUUUCCCCACACAGAGCCCUCUAGGCUAUGACUGUUCAAACAUCUGGGAAAGAAACAAUGAAUCUGUUAGUGGGGUUUACACAAUAAAACCUCUAGGAGCCAGCACAUCUUUUCAGGUAUUCUGUGAUAUGAAAGCUGAUGGGGGCUGGACACUCAUUCAGAGACAUAACGGACUAGAUGGUCUAGUGUUCAGCAGAACUUGGGCUGAAUACAAACAGGGAUUUGGAAAUGUCACUGGAGAGCACUGGCUGGGACUGGAUAGCAUGUAUCUUCUGACCAACCAAGAAGACAGAACCUCUGAGCUGUUAAUCAGCCUUGAUGCUUUUGGUGAUAGCCUUGGCGCCUUCUCCUUGUACAGCUCAUUUAACGUUGGUCCUGAAAGCAAAUUGUACCAGCUCUCCGUAGGAAUAUAUUCUGGAACUGCAGGAGAUGCUUUUAGAGUGGGGAACAGCAAUCAAGAUGGCAGCUAUUUUAGCACCAAAGAUAAGGACAAUGACAACUGUAAUACAUGCAAGAUUGGUGACACCAGGUUUACCAGUUGCAGUCGCUACCAGUCUAAUUCUGGAUGGUGGUUUAGCAGUUGCGGCAAUGCGAAUCUGAAUGGUCAGUGGCGCCCUCAAGGAAAUAAUGUGGGUUGGGCCUCUUCAGUGUACUGGGGGACAUACAGAGCCACGGAAUCUUUGAAAUACAGCAACAUGUUUGUAAAAACGUAUUGAUAUAUUCUCAUGCUGUAUGUUUGUAUAUACUGUAUGCAUAUAACAUGCACUACUAGAAAUCUUUUGAAACUGUAAGGGGGUUAUUUAUCAAAGUCCGAAUUUAUCUCAAUAUUUAAUGAUCUGAAAAAAAACUCCCAUCAAAUCCGCACAUGGUUUUUUGGUUUAUUUAUUAAUACACUUUCUCGAAAAUUUUGUUUGCGUGAAAAAAUCAGAUUUUCACGAUUUUUUCGGAUUUUUCAUCCGAUUUUCACCAUUUUUUUUGAAUUUGUCACUCAAAAACUCAGAUUUCUUAUGUUUUUUGCCCGAAAACUCCAAAAACUUCGGGUUAUUGCACAAAACCCAGCACACAUCAAAAAAUCAUUGGGACUUCCCCAUUGACUUAUAUGAAACCUCGACAGGUCUGAGAUGCCAGAUUUUCUGGGAUGGACUUUUCCAUCCUCUGGUUUUAAUAAAUUCCAAAAAAUUCGUGAUUUUUUUAAAAGUACAAUUUUAUAAAAAAAAGAAUCACACAUUUUUCGUGAUUUUUGCAUUUGGAGUUUAGUAAAUAACCCCCUAAAUGUUUGAUAUUUCAUUUUUAAAAUGAAAAAUGUUAUUGCUUAAAGGAAAACUAUACCUUCAGAAUGUUAACCAACAGAUAAUUUAGAUAAAAAAUGUACCUUUUCUAUUUUUUAAAUUGAGCCAACAUUUUGUAAUGUUCUUUGUGUCACUCAUUGUAAAAUGCAGCUCUAACGGCAACAGAAAAAAGCCAGAGUAGAAAGACACAACUCUGUCCAUGCAUUGGCUGAUAACCUAGCAUGUAUGAGCUCCCUUAGUUUGUGUGUGAGUGCAGAGUAUCAUACAAGCCAGAUGGCAGACUUUAAUGGUUAAUAUUGCAUAUUUCUAUAAGACAUUAUCCAAUGGUACACACUACUAGAAUAUAUUAUUCAUGAAAGCACUAUUUAUAUGAAACAAUGUUAUACAUAUAGAUUGUUGUAUGUGAUAUAUUCAUAAAGGAACAGUUUAGUGUAAAAAUAAAAACAGGGAAAAUAGAUAGGCUGUGCAAAAUAAAAAAUGUUUCCAUUAUGGUUAGUUAGCCAAAAGGAUGGCGUGAGCGGAUGUCUAAUAUAACAGAACUGAAUAUAACUUCCUGUUUUUCAGCUCUCUAACUCUGAGUUAGUAAGCGACUUUAAGGGGGGUCACAUGGGACAUAAUUGCUCAGUGAGUUUGCAAUUGAUCCAUAGAAUCCAGCUCAGAUUCAAAGCAAACCGUUAUGACCCAUUCCCCCCCCCCCUCAAAUCACUAAUUGGUUACUGCCUGGUAACCAAUCAGUGGAAGCCAAGAGAGCUGCAAAGCCGGAAGUAAUGUUCUGGCUAUUAUAUUAGACAUCCAGUCACUGCAGCCUUUAUACAUUACAUUUUUGGCUAACUAACUAUAUUGAAGAAAAAAAUCUAUUUUGCACAGCCCAUCUAUUUUUCCUUUAAAGGAACAGUUCUGUGUAAAAAUAAAAACUGUGUAAAGAGACAGGCUGUGCAAAAUAAAAAACUGUUUCUAAUAUAGUUAAUUAGGCAUAAAUGUAAUGUAUAAAGGCUGGAGUAAGUGGAUUCCUUUAAAGAGACCUGUAGUGUUCAAGGGUAUAGGUCUCCAGUUCUCUCCCAUGCUAACAAGGUAACAUUCAUUCACACAAGCCAAAGUAGCAGCCAAUUUUUGAUAUAACAUGCUGUACUGUUGUAAAUAGUUUAUUAGAUACCUGUUUUUUUUAUUUCUAUGAAAGUGUUUUUUUAAUUCCUAUUGUGUUUUUUUAUUAUUAUUGUUACUUUUAUGUUUUAUUCACCGAACAAUUGAAUAAAAGGCAAAUAAAAACAA